UACAGUUGACAUGGAUAGAAACGACUUUGCUGGAAUUUAGCUUGAUAACGUACACACUACCUUCAAAUUUAAACACAUGGAUCAAAUUUAGAAGCAGUCUUAAUUAUCACGAUCAAAACGCAUCCUUUUUGACUCUCACAUUGCACUUAGGGAGGCUGAUAUUCAUCCCUCAACUUCCCGGGGAUCCCUCAGCCUGCCCUGAUGAAGCCUCAACAAGAGGGAGACCUCCUGGAAGAGGACUCCCCUCAGGAGAAUGGAGUCCACACAAACCAGUACAGCGCUAUCUCUCCUCCUGCCUCACCUGUGGCUCAGGAUGAACCCUUCUCCACUUACUUUGAAGAAAGGGUGCCCAUUCCAGAGAGUGAAAAUCAGUUGUUCAGCUUCCGUAAACUCUGGGCCUUCACUGGACCGGGGUUUUUGAUGAGCAUUGCUUAUUUGGAUCCGGGGAACAUCGAGUCAGAUCUGCAGUCUGGAGCUAAAGCUGGCUUUAAGCUCCUAUGGGUUCUCCUUGUAUCCACUAUCAUUGGACUCCUGUUGCAGAGGCUGGCUGCACGCCUCGGGGUCGUCACAGGGAUGCACCUGGCUGAAGUCUGCAACCGCCAGUAUUCCACUGUUCCCCGCAUCAUCCUCUGGCUAAUGGUUGAACUGGCAAUUAUUGGCUCCGAUAUGCAGGAGGUCAUUGGCUGCGCCAUAGCUCUCAACCUUCUCUCUGUGGGCAGGAUCCCGCUGUGGGGAGGAGUUCUCAUCACCAUCACAGACACAUUUGUGUUCCUCUUUUUAGACAAGUAUGGACUGAGGAAACUUGAAGCUUUCUUUGGGUUUCUGAUCACUGUAAUGGCUGUUAGUUUUGGUUACGAGUACGUGUUGGUAAAGCCAGACCAAGGAGAGUUGCUGAAGGGGAUGUUCGUACCCUACUGUGCCGGCUGUGGGCCUGUGCAGCUGGAGCAGGCAGUGGGAAUCGUAGGCGCCGUCAUCAUGCCCCACAACAUCUACCUGCAUUCAGCGUUGGUCAAGUCUCGGGAAAUCGACCGCAAAAAUAACAAGGAAGUAAAGGAGGCCAACAAAUAUUUCUUCAUUGAGUCAGCGAUCGCCCUCUUUGUCUCUUUCCUCAUCAAUGUUUUUGUUGUUGCCGUCUUCGCUCAGGCUUUCUACAAUAAAUCUAACAUGGAGGUGAAUGCGGAGUGCAAUGCAACUGGCAGCCCUCACACAGAUCUCUUCCCUCUCAACAACGGCACACUUGAGGUGGACAUUUACAAAGGGGGGAUUGUCCUGGGGUGUUUCUUUGGACCUGCAGCUCUCUACAUCUGGGCUGUUGGUAUUCUGGCAGCUGGACAGAGCUCCACCAUGACGGGCACAUACUCUGGGCAGUUUGUUAUGGAGGGUUUCCUGAACCUGCAGUGGUCUCGUUUUGCUCGGGUGCUGCUGACCCGCUCCAUCGCCAUCACGCCUACACUGCUGGUCGCCAUUUUCCAAGAUGUUCAGCAUUUGACUGGGAUGAAUGACUUCCUGAAUGUGCUUCAGAGCCUGCAGCUUCCAUUUGCUUUGAUUCCAAUUCUGACCUUCACCAGUCUGAAAUCCAUAAUGAAUGAGUUUGCUAACGGAUUGGUGUGGAAGAUUUCGGGAGGCAUCGUCAUCCUGGGCGUUUGUGCAAUCAACAUGUACUUUGUGGUUGUGUAUGUGACGGCGCUGAACAGCGUGGUGCUUUAUGUUUUAGCUGCUCUCCUCUCCAUAGCCUAUCUGUGCUUUGUAGGCUACCUGGUGUGGCACUGUCUGGUUGCCUUGGGGGUUUCCUGCCUGGACUGUGGCAGCAGGAUGCAGUUGGGACCGUCGCGUCACACAGACAUGUUCCUGCUCAACGAUAUGGACACUAAUGCGCUAGAGGAGAAAUGAAGGACACACAGCGUGGGUGCUGGACUGUUUGAUGUCCCGACUGAAGCGUGGGACCACUGAAGCUCGGCCAGUACGUGUUCAUCUUCACCUCUCUGUGCCUGAAGUGUUUUUAAAGUGUCCUUAUAGCGCACCCACAGAUGUCUGAGGCUGUUCUAAUCGGUGAUGUUUCCGUUCAGAUAUCUCGGCAGCUUGAUGGUGUAGAAGAAUAAUGUUUAAGAAAGUAUGUUUAAUUGAUCUGGGCUCUCAAAAGAAGACAUGUUUGAACUGAUACUGUGGCUGUAACUAUGUAAGGUCACUCCACAGCCAGUUUAAAAAAAAAAAAAAAAAAAAAAAAGUGACAGUGGCCAAGAAGACACUAUGCUCACAAGGCACACAAAAUAAACUGAAAGUAACGCUGAAUUCCCUGAGUCAUAAUUCAGAGAAAUAGUGCUGCAAGAAAGGGCUCAUAGUUUUUAUUCUUAUUACCCUUUUAAUUUCCAACUUGUUCCUUUUUACCUCUCAUGAUAAUAAAAAA